UUGGAAGAUGUCAACCCAAGCGGGGGACUUCUCUCUUCCCAAGCAUCCAGACAAACCGACCUCAGCAGAAUUAUUCCUUGGCAGGGUCGUGAUGCCACUUAUGACAAGCAGGAUCUCCUCGAUCUUGAUUCCAAGGCCAUGGUUGAGCGAAACUCGGGGAUGGCUCGCUGUAGAUGGCCAGGACAUGCGAGUACUAGUACCCAUGUCAGUCACCAACUCAUCGAAUACGAGAUGUAG